AUGCCUCAGCAGCUGCCCCUGGCUCUUGCGGAGCCCCCAAACGCGGAGCCCGGGCUUCCUGCAAAAACUGCAGCUCCGCCACCGCCCCCAGACACUCCCACCGCAGCAGCAGCAGCAGCAGCAGUAGCAGCAGCAGCAGCAACAGCAGCAACAACAGGUGACAGGUUCGUUCUGGCGCGCGGCGAAAAGCGCAGGCGGGCCCGUGCCCUCUCUGUAGCCAUCUUCGCCACCGUGACUGUCUCUCUCAGUCUUCUCUUCCUUGUCACCAGCUGCUGGUGGCUCGUUGACCAGCGGCUGAGGGGCCCCGGGACUCCGGGGCCCCCAGGGGUCACCUGGGGGCCCAGUGUUCGGCUCCUUGCAGAGACGCCAAACCGCUACAGGAUGCCCUCCAGUGCAUGCGGAGAUUCAGAGGGCUUCAGACACUGGAGUGUAGAGGGGCCAAGGGCCCCUUUCGGGGGCUCUCAGGCCCCGUCUGGUGCUGCAGGGAGCUUUGGGGGCCCCGGGGCCCCUACGGACCCCCAAAGCUCACGAAGCCGGGAGUCCUGGUUUCCGGGGCCCCCAAGCUUCACCAGGGGCCCCCAGAGCACAAGCCGCUGGGGCUCAAGAGACUCUAUGCCCCCCAGGGGUUUUCAGGCCCCUUCAGAUCCGCGUCUACCACAAGAAGGCCUGCCAGCCGUACCAGGCCUGCAGCGCCCACAAGGAGGCCUGGGGGGCCCCCCAGGCGGGCAUUACCACCAAGAAGGCCUGCAGGCCCCCCCAGGUUCCCGGCGCUCACAAGAAGGUCUGCUGGGCCCACCAGGCCCGUGGCGCCCACAAGAAGGCCUUUGGGGGCCCCCAUCCCUGCGAGGCCCACAAGAAGGCCUGCAGGCUCUACCAGGUGUGUGGCGCUCACAAGAAGGCCUAGGGGGCCCCCCAAGCAGCGAAGUUUCAAAAGGUUUCGAGUCCCCUCAAGGCCUGGGGCUCCCACCACGCACUAGGCUUGCACCAGGCCUGGGGAGUGCACCAGACUUUGGGUCUCCACAAGACUCGGGGCACCCACGAAGCCCUAGAGCCCCACCGGGUCUGGACGCCCCCUCAGCCUUCAGUGCCCGAGGGGGGUUGAAGCCCACCUUUUCUUUUGGGUCUUCAUCGAGUUCGGGGAGUCUUACAGGUCCGGGGCCCCUCUCAGGCUCUGACGCAGGAGAGGGAUUGGGUGCUUUAGGGGGCCCCAGACUCAAAAGCGCAGGUAGUACAGGGUCUUUAAAAGCCUCAUCAAGUAGAGGUUCAGGGACUUUGGGGGUCCCCGCAGGUCCACUGUCCUCAGGAGGUCAAGGGGCCCCCGGACUUCUGGGGAGCCCGCCGACUGUGGGGUUCGACGAGUUUUCAGGGAAUACGAGCCGUGGGGCCCCCCAGCCCCAUGGGCUGAAGGGACUCCAGAUAAGCUCCCCAGUCAUUGGUCCCCAGGACUUUUGGGGGAAGCGCCCGGUCGGGGGGCCCCCUGGGGUGUGGAUGCUAAUAUGA